AUGGUGGCCAAGUACACGAGUGAACAAGUGGCCAAGCACAGCACGGAGAAGGACUGUUGGGUCACCUUCCGGGGGAAGGUGUACAACCUGACUGAGUUCAUCAUGGAUCAUCCAGGUGGCGAGGAUGUGAUUCUGGAGUACGCUGGCAAGGAUAUCACAGCCAUCAUGGCGGACCCUCUCUCCCACGAGCACUCGAAGAGUGCGUAUGCAAUGAUGGACGAGUUCCUGAUUGGAGAGCUGGAAGCGAUGCAGAAUGUGAGCACUACUGAUGAUGAUAUGCCAUUCUUGCCUGACAACGCGACCAUCACGGAUGAUUUCCACCCGAAAGAGACCGAUACGGCGAAGGACUUUGCCAAGCACCAUUUCCUCGACCUGGACAAGCCGCUACUGGAGCAAAUGUGGAAGGCCAACUUUACGAAGGAGUUUUACCUGGAGCAAGUGCACAUUCCGCGCCACCGCAAGGAACCAGCAACGCUCAUGCCAUUUGCGUUCUUGGAAGUGUUCACGCUCACGCCAUGGUACGUGAUUCCGAUGCUGUGGCUGCCGAUUGCGGCUGUGUUCUUUUUCAAGUCGGUGAUGCAGUUCCAAGCGCAGUUCACGGAGGGCGGCUGGGCGGCUUCGUCGGCGCUGGCCUACUCGAGCACGCUGGCCUGCUAUGUGUUUGGCGUCGCAUUCUGGACAUUCCUUGAGUAUCUUUUCCACCGUUUCCUCUUCCAUAUGGACAACUACCUGCCACGCUAUCAGGUGUGCUACAUGCUACACUUUUUGCUGCACGGUAUCCACCAUUUCCUGCCGAUGGAUCGCUACCGCCUUGUGAUGCCGCCUGUGCUCUUUGCCAUUCUCUCGUUCCCGAUGCUUCUUCUAGCACAUGCCGUGCUGCCUACGGCUUGGGCCAAUGGCGUGAUUGCUGGCUCGUACUCCAUGUACGUUGUCUACGACACGAUGCACUACGCGAUGCACCACACCCGUCUGCCCGAGUACAUCCGCAAGCAGAAGCGCUACCACCUUGAGCACCAUUACAAGAACUACGAGCUUGGCUUUGGUGUGACCAGCCCGAUUUGGGACUUUGUGUUUGGCACGCAGCUCCUCACUGUAUAA